CAGUGAUAACACAACAUAACCUAACUCGCCGCAAAAUCUACUCAUCAUCAUUGUUAUAAACAAAAUUUGAUGUGAUUGUAUCUUGAUAAUGCGCUGAAUUACGAAAAUUGUUUCAUGAUUAAAGUCUAUCUCGAUUUGGCAGAAUGUAUCACGUAUCAGGAAUAAUAGUACGCAAUUAGUAUCAAAGGAACAAAUGAAGAAUAUCUAUCUACAUACCGAAGCAGCAUUCUCUCCCAUGUAUUUUUAGUCUUGUCUAAAUUUACAGUGUCAUCUAAACAAUAGCCACAAUAAUGGUAGAUCCAACAAUCGGUCUUUCAUGUUUGCAAGAAUCUCGAUUUAGCAUAAUAAUAGUUGCGUUUUACUCAGUUGGUGUACAGAUAAAAAUAUCCAAAUUGGUUUGCCCCUAAUAAAUUGUACGAUAAUAAUAAUAUUUUAAGAAGCAUAAGUAAUAAACCUAGUAUAGUUUACAUUGAAGAUGUAGUAAUAAGUAUCUUCAUAAUACACAAGUUAAAAAUUUUGUACUUGAUAUUAUGAAGAUUGUUUUUACGUUCUUGGAAUUCUCAUGGAAAUCUCUUAAUUGUGUUCAGUAAACAAACAUGCGUUGUUAUGUACAAAAUGGUGAUAAAAAGAAGUGCUGUUUUUAUUAUUAUUACUUAGUUUAAAUGAAAAAACAGUGGACUUGGACUAUGGCUUGCACCAUUGGUUGGGCUCAGUGCUGCAAUCACGAUCCUGAGAGAAGAUAGCAGUUAUUCAGAGAUAUGUUUACUUACAGGAAUAACUGGAAUAGGUCUCGUGAUGAGUUGCCUUUGCCUUAUUCUUCGUUUAUCCACAGAAACAACGGCUGUUAAAGACUUUCAAGUUUUAUAUUUCCUGCCAGCAAUGUUCACAUCUGUAUUAUUUCUACUCUUUGGAGAAAAAGGAUUGCUUGUGAGUGUGACAUGGGGCUUAGGUGUUGGAACAUUUGGCACAUGGGGAAUCUUGCAACUGAUGUCUUAUUUUCCUGGUUGUUUCACAAUUGGUGAAGCAUCAGCAGUGAUGCAAACUGCUACUGUCUUUCUACUAUCCACAGCUGCCAAUAUACCUCUAAGAUAUCAUCUGCCUCCAAUACAUAAUCAAGAUAUCGCCACUGUCAUACUACAAGUAGCCGUUCUGUUUGUAGCAACAGUUGCUAUUUUAUGUAAUGCAUUCCCAUUGUUACGCUCACCGGGACCAUUUUAUGCAAUAAGUUUUGGUAUUCUCCUGCUGGGAGCUGUUCCACUUUUACACUUGUUGCUCGAUCAAAGUCCACUUUUGUGGUUGUUGGGUUUUAUCUUCGAAAAAAUUGACAGGGUAUUCAUGGUGUUGUACUGGCUACUCUGUUUGGCACUGGGGAUAGGAGUGAUAUCCUAUCAAAUUUUAUGCAAUUCAAAAGCUACAACUUCAGCCAGAAAAUCAUUUCACGUGUUAGCUGUGAUGGUAUACAUUCCUGGCUUGAUCAGCGAACCAACCCUACUCUAUGUCGCCAGUGGUCUGGUAAUGGCCCUAUUUCUAAUGCUGGAGCUAAUGAGACUUUGUAAUGUACCACCGCUAUGUGAAGUUCUACAGCAAGGCUUUUCUGUAUUUGGCGAUGAAAAAGAUACACUUAUAUCUUUGACACCGUUAUACUUGCUAGCAGGACUUUCAUUUCCUCUGUGGUUACCAGCCAGCAAUCUAACAUUAUUAUCUCUGCUAAGCGGAGUAUUGACUAUCGGCAUUGGCGAUACAGCAGCCAGUGUUGUUGGCAGCAAGUAUGGCAAACACAAAUGGUCAGGUUCACUGAAAUCCGUGGAAGGAACAAUUGCUUGUAUUUGUAGCCAACUCUUUGUCCUGUAUAGCCUUGCAUCGUUUGGUUUUUUUGAUGAUUUCUGGCUAUUGUUACGUGCCACACUGGCUGUGAUUGCUGUUUCGUUUGUUGAAGCAUGGACAGAUCAAGUGGAUAAUUUGGUAUUGCCAAUUCUGACCUAUCUUGUGUUUGUUGUUUAAGAACAGUGACGAAUGAUUCAAACUUAAUUGUGACAAUCAUUUAGUGUCUUGUUCGAACACUCUAAUUGCCCAGGUAUAAUCAACAAUUAGCAAAGGGAUGAUCAUGUUCAAAAAUACAGAACUACGUGUAAUUAA